UAUAAGCAUAGUAUAUUCAAUCGAUAAAUCAAUUAUUUCUUUAAAGUAUCUAAAUUUCUGCUUUUUCAAGUAUAUCCAACAAAUUCUUAUUGAUUUUACCUUUCAUGAAAGACGAUUAACUGAGCAAUCCGGGUGUCUUCUUCAAAACUGUUCCAUAGUGUUUUUAAGGGCCAAACAUCUCUUUUUUUUUCCUUUUUAUCAUUUAAACAAACCCCCCAAACCGGAGAUCGCUCAGAUUUAAUACAAUUCCACCAUGUCAUAAGCAAAACUAGUGAUCGGUUGAAAAACUUCUUAUGGUGUGUGCCUUGAAUGAAGAUGCGAUAAAACUCUAAGCUUGCUGAUGUGCUGCUUUAUGAUUAUGGUAUAUGAACACAUCAAAAUUCCUGUAAUUAAUAAUGUUUGGGAACCCCGCCGUCCAUACACUAAAACAACUAAGGACUAAGGGACUCGAUAUACUAUGCUACAAUUAAUAUUCAGAGACUUCGUAUUGAUGUUUGAAUAAAUGAUAAUAUGGGUGAACAAAGUCUCAGAUCGCACGUGUGAUAGCCUUCUUCAAUUCCUUUCAUAAAUUGGCAAAUCUGUCCAUUAAUAUUCCCUAUUACAUGAUGUCGUUUAACAGCUGUCACGACCUUAAAAGAAGUAUUUGAUGUGAUCAUUUGUGCUUUUAGGACUCUAUCGCGGAUCUUGCUUCAUCAUCGACAUACCGUCCAUCUCUAUGCUCUACAAUUCGUUAUUGAAAGCGGAUACACUCUUAUCGAGAAAUUAUCAAGUAAUGAUUAGUUAUAAAAGGUGUAUAACUUGUUCUUUGUAGUCGCUUCUUUUAUCACCGGCUACCUAUAUCUUGUUUGCUUAUUAAACAAAGCUUUUUGAAAAGAACAUAUAAUUGAGGUAUUUUCUUUUGCUCCCUCUUUUGGUUAUUCUCAUUAAAGUCAUAAACAUCUACUGGUUCUGUUAAUCUUUGUCUGGAUCUGUGUCAUCUUUUACAAAAUCCAUUCACGGUCAGAAUCGAUUGGAUUCGCAAAACUAUAUUGAAUUUCUUCACUUUAUAUUUAUUGGAUUGAUCUUGAUUGCUCCUAGUGACUACGAGUCUUAGUUGUUUUGAGUGGUUUUGUCGCUAGUGUAUAAGACUGAAUAAUUUUGAAAUCCUCAAAGAAACCUGCUUUGAUGUUUAAGAAAACUAUUUCUUUUUACUUUUUUUAAUACUAGGAUCCACUCAUUCUUCUCUCUCUUUUCAACCCGGAUUUCCCUAUAAUUGCAAAUUUGGUCCCUUAGGCCAGCCUCCGAAUACAUUCAACUCUUCUUUUUUUAGGAUUCGAAAUUCCGGGAAUUUGAAUCAUUUCGUAGCUUUAAAAAGCAAAUUUUCAAACAUUCUCGUUUAUACUGGUAGUAUAAAAGCGUGUUUACAACAUGGGAUGUAUGUCCAGUAAGUAUGCAGAUUCGACUGGGGGAGAUGUUAUACAAAAACAACAAGUGAAACUAGAAAACCAAGGAAGAGAAUCUUCUCCUGGAGGUGAUAGAAACCCAGUUAAGGAGCAUUGGCUCAAUAUAGUCUUGCGCGGUAAGCCACAGAAUUCGAACGCAGGAGCAUCAAACCAGAAUGGGAUUAGCAAAAAUGACAAUGAAAUUAAAGUUUUGUUGCUUGGUGCUGGUGAUAGCGGGAAGACGACAAUCAUGAAGCAAAUGCGCCUUCUGUACAGUCCAGGAUUCAACCAGGCUGCCAGACGGCAAUACCGUAUUAUGAUAUUUGAAAACAUAAUCACGUCCGUGUGCCUACUUUUAGAUGCCAUGGAAAACAGUGGUAUGAGCUUGUUGCCUGAAAAUGAAAAAUAUCGACCUAUUAUUUUGAGAAAGCACAAUAUACAAGUAAACGAGCCUUUUCCAGCAGAUCUUUACGAGGCAUUGAGAGCUUUGACGCUCGAUCCAAAAAUAAGAACAGCGCAGAAUUGUGGUACAAACCUUUCUCUUUUAGAUAACUUUUAUUAUUACCAGGAUCAUAUUGAUCGAAUUUUUGACCCCCAAUAUUUACCCUCAGAUCAGGAUAUUCUGCAUUGCCGAAUCAAGACCACAGGAAUUUCUGAAGAAACGUUUUUAUUAAACCGUCAUAAAUAUCGCUUCUUCGAUGUGGGCGGUCAACGCUCAGAACGUAGAAAAUGGAUCCAUUGUUUCGAAUCCGUCACAGCACUGCUCUUCCUCGUUUCACUUGCAGGGUAUGACCAAUGUUUAGUCGAAGAUAAUAGUGGCAACCAAAUGCAAGAGGCAUUGCUAUUGUGGGAUUCGAUUUGCAAUUCAAGUUGGUUUGCAGAAUCGGCAAUGAUUUUGUUUCUAAAUAAGUUGGAUUUAUUUAAGCGAAAGGUCCAUACUUCUCCUAUCCAACAGUAUUUUCCUGACUAUCAGGAAACACCUUCCACUCCGACAUUUGUUCAAACCCAAUGCCCGUUUUCUGAUAAUGCCGUAAAAAGCGGUAUGUAUUAUUUCUACCUAAAGUUUGAAAGCUUAAAUCGCAUUGCUUCUCGUAACUGCUACUGUCAUUUUACAACCGCUACGGAUACGAGUUUGCUUCAGCGAGUCAUGGUUUCCGUUCAAGAUACAAUUAUGUCGAAUAAUCUGCAAUCUUUAAUGUUUUAAGGACGACAGUGAUAGUCUUGAUGAAAAGCACCAUUCAUCCUAUGGUGACGUACACUCAAAUAACCGCACUGUGUUUACUUGGAACCUCUCCGUGGCUGCAUGCCACAGCAUAUAUAUAUACAUAUAUAAUCUCCUAUAAUUUUGUAAUACCCUUCUUGCAUUCAACUCUUUUUGAACAACGAGUUUUGUUAAUACCGACAAUUGAUCUUUCCUGUUUAUGCUAGGACGAAUUUUCGUCCAUUUUCUAAUACUGAUGAGUCCUAUUCACGUCCGAGCUUUCUUUUCUGCUUGCUGACACAUGAUCGACAUGAGCGAAAUGGAGCUAAUCCGGAGAAUGAAGCAUCAUUCUCUAGAUACAAAGUAAAAUCUUGAAUGUCUGAAUCCCUUGAACGCCUUUUUAAUUACGAACAAUUAUUUUGUAUAAUUUCUCAAGAGAUAGCAAUUGGACGUUUAUUCCAAUCAAUUGAUAUAACUACGUAUCCAAUUUCGUUCUUGUGUAUGAAAGAGAUCGAAGCAUAAAUAUUUGUGUAAACAGUUCGUCAGUAUAUAAAACCAUUCUGUACACAAGGACACUUAUUGACAGCAAAAUUAACAAAAAUACUAUCUGCCUUUGCACAAGAGACACGUGCAAAUGGUAUGAGGACAUGAGUCAGGAUAGAUUCAUAUUCACUAAAUACCGGCUAUGUAGUAGAUACCUGUUUCUUCUGGUGAACGUUGUUUAUAUUCUGUUUCCUAUGAUUGUUGCAUUCAUGAGGGUCGCUUUGACAUAUCCUAGCAAAGUGAAUUUUGGAAAGUUUGGAAAUCUUUAUUUUAUUCUAGGAAACAAGCUAUGUACCACUUAAUUUGAUAAAAAAACUUUCAAUAAGAAUAUACUCUUUGUC